CUCUAAAAGGAGGGAAAGUCCUCCCUCCCGGCAACCGCAGAAGCCACCAAAGGCACUGGGAAGAGAAGCGACCGGUGAACUGUGUCUCUGAGCGGAGGACUGCGUCUAAGUGACAACGGGGAAGCGGAGGGGUAAGACUCGGUCUGAUAGUGGGUAGCUGGAAAGUCAGUCCUCACCAGGAGGAACCUUGAUCCCCAGCCACUUCCUUCCUCUACUCUAAAUCCGUCAAAACUGAUGCUGAGUGCCGCCAACCCCUGAGCCCGGGGCGGUUGGUGCGGCUCGGUGUCCAGUUUCCAGGAGCGGUCUUCAGCCUUCUUAGAAAGCUCGGGCACCUGCUCUGCGCGCCAGCCUGGGUACCACACCCGGAGCAAGCGCUGACUCUCGGGCUUGCAGAACAUGCCCAAGGCGCACCUGAGCAUGCAAGUGGCUUCUGCAACCACCGCAGCCCCCAUGAGUAAGGCAGCUGCGGGUGAUGAGCUCUCCGGAUUCUUCGGCCUCAUCCCAGACUUGCUGGAGGUUGCCAACACGAGCGGCAAUGCGUCGCUGCAGCUUCAGGACUUGUGGUGGGAGCUGGGGCUGGAGUUGCCGGACGGUGCGGCGCCUGGGCACCCCCCUGGCAGCGGUGGGGCAGAGAGCGCGGACACAGAGGCCAGGGUACGGAUCCUCAUCAGCGCCGUUUACUGGGUGGUUUGUGCCCUGGGACUGGCUGGCAACCUGCUGGUUCUCUACCUGAUGAAGAGCAAACAGGGCUGGCGCAAAUCCUCCAUUAACCUCUUUGUCACUAACCUGGCGCUGACUGACUUUCAGUUUGUGCUCACUCUGCCCUUCUGGGCGGUGGAGAACGCAUUAGAUUUCAAGUGGCCCUUUGGCAAGGCCAUGUGUAAGAUCGUGUCUAUGGUGACAUCCAUGAACAUGUAUGCCAGCGUCUUCUUUCUCACUGCUAUGAGUGUGGCGCGCUACCACUCGGUGGCCUCAGCUCUCAAGAGCCAUCGGACCCGCGGGCACGGCCGUGGCGACUGCUGCGGCCAGAGCUUGGGGGAGAGCUGCUGUUUCUCAGCCAAGGUGCUGUGUGGAUUGAUCUGGGCUUCUGCCGCGAUAGCUUCGCUGCCCAAUGUCAUUUUUUCUACCACCAUCAGGGUGUUGGGCGAGGAGCUGUGCCUCAUGCACUUUCCGGACAAGCUCCUGGGUUGGGACCGGCAGUUCUGGCUGGGUUUGUACCACCUGCAGAAGGUGCUGCUGGGCUUCCUGCUGCCGCUGAGCAUCAUCAGUUUGUGUUACCUGUUGCUCGUGCGCUUCAUCUCCGACCGCCGCGUAGUGGGGACAACGGAUGGAGCGGGAGCAACAGCGCCUGGGGGGAGCCUGAGUACAGCCGGCGCUAAGAGACGCUCCAAGGUCACCAAGUCGGUGACCAUCGUAGUCCUUUCCUUUUUCUUGUGUUGGCUGCCCAACCAAGCGCUCACCACCUGGAGCAUCCUCAUCAAGUUCAACGUAGUGCCCUUCAGUCAGGAGUACUUUCAGUGCCAAGUGUACGCGUUCCCAGUCAGCGUGUGCCUGGCACACUCCAACAGCUGCCUCAACCCCAUCCUCUACUGCUUAGUGCGCCGCGAGUUCCGCAAGGCGCUCAAGAACCUGCUGUGGCGCAUAGCAUCGCCUUCGCUCACCAACAUGCGCCCCUUCACCGCCACCACCAAGCCAGAACCCGAAGAUCACGGGCUGCAGGCCCUGGCGCCACUUAAUGCUACUGCAGAGCCUGACCUGAUCUACUAUCCACCCGGUGUGGUGGUCUACAGCGGAGGUCGCUACGACCUUCUCCCUAGCAGCUCUGCCUACUGAGACCUGCCAAGGCUCAAGAAGGUCUUUCAAGGAAACAGAGACUGGAGGGAGAACAGUUUGGGGGCUGGAAGAGCAGAGGUGGAGAAAAUGAUA